GUCUAUCAAUAUUUGCUCCAUACAUGUCGUCAACUCUCUGUGUUUUCUAUGGUUUUUGUAAUGCAAGAUUUUCAUAUUCCCAUGAUCUGCGUUUGAUUCCAGCCAUGGCAGUGUAGAACCCACGAAUCCAGAUAUGAACAAUCGUGACUCCACUCAAGCGGUCCUAAACGGCUUGUAGUUCACCUCACGAUCCAGUUCGAGUUCCCACUUCCCACCACCACUCAUUCACGUUCUCUGUUCCACUCCUUUCUCUCUCUCACGCACUCAUCAUUCAUCAACGCUGCAAGCCUGCAACUCACCACGCCACCAGUCCACCACCAUCGCCCACCACUCUCUCUCUCUCUGCUGCUGUUGAAGCUUCAAGUGUCUGAGGAUAAGAUGUCAAGACAACCUAAUGUCUUGUUCUUGGAGGAAUGGCUAAAGACCAGGUGUGGUGAUCCAAACAAAUUCACCCCAAAAACCACUUCUUCUUCCUCAUCUGCCAGAGCCAUCGUUCAGGCCUGGUCUGAGCUCCGAGGCUCCCUUCAAGGUUCUUCAUUUGAUCAAAUUCACCUGCAACAUCUCAAAACCCUGGUUAAUUCCCAAGCAUCCCUCCAUGUUGCAGACCCUCAAGCAAGACUUAUCCUUUCCAUUCUUUCAUCCUCGAAAUUUUCUCUUCCAUAUGAGUCGUUUCCAUUGUGUUUUAGGCUUCUUUACAUAUGGGUGCGGAAAGCCGCCAAGCCCGCUUCUGCAAUCAUUGAUUCCGCGGUUGAGGUUCUCUCUAAAAUCUUCUCUUCUCAAUUUGAUUCUGGAACCAAUCCUGUUGUUUUCUCUCAAGGUAUUCUCCUUUUGGGUGCUUUUUCUUUUGUGCCUUCUGUAUCUGAAAGAACUAAGACACUCUGCUUGGAUAUACUGUCUAGACUGUUGGUAGAGAAGGGUACAUUACUUGGUUCAUUUACAGAAUUUGUGCCUCAUCUUUUAGCUGGAAUCGGGUACGCUCUAUCGUCUUCUGUGAUUGUUCAUAGUGUAAGAAUAUUGGAUUCUUUGUUUGGAAUUUGGGGCAAGGAAGAUGGGCCUCAAGGAAGUGUUAAUCAUGGACUCAUGAUUCUUCAUUUGAUUGAUUGGGUCAUGUCACACUUAAUCAAUUUUCAGUUUUUGGAUAAAGUACGCGUUAUUCUCCAAGAAUCUUUUGAGGCUUGUAAGGAAAACUAUGCUUCAUUUGCUGUUUUCAUGGCUGGCGUUGGAGUUUUAAGAGCUAUGGAUAGAUCUGCAUCGAGUGGUAUGAAAUCGGACAUUAUCGCUGGAAUGAGGACUUCUGCAGUUAUCUGUAUAGAGGCUAUAGUUAGUGAUUUGGUUUCUAGGACUUUAAGAUUUAAGAACUCAGGCAAUGAUCUUAAUACUAGGCUUUUGCUUCAGUGUGUCUCAUUAGGAUUGACUCGAACUGUCUCCUUUUCAGGCCAUUCCUCUUUAUUUGUUUGCCUUGCUUUGGCAUUGUUAACUGAAAUAUUUCCAUUACCCCGGCUGUGUGAAUUGUCACCUAGUUCAGGUGGUCUGAAGCUUAAUGAGAUCAAAGAACAUCUAGAUAAUAUCCUCUUCAAGGAAGCAGGAGCUAUAACAGGGAUUUUCUGCAAUCAGUAUGUUUUAGCAGAUGAAGAAAGUAAAAAUAUGGUGGAAAAUCUUAUAUGGCAGUACUGUCUGGAUAUCUACUUUGGUCACAGGCAAGUGGCAUUGGUUCUUAAAGGAAAGGACGAUGAGUUGCUUGAGGGCUUGGAAAAAAUUGCAGAAUCUGCUUUCCUUAUGGUUGUAGUCUUUGCAUUAGCUGUAACAAAGCACAAGUUAAGCUCAAAAUUUGCUCAAGAAAUACAGACGGAAGUCUCAUUGAAGAUACUAGUAUCAUUUUCUUGUGUGGAAUAUUUUCGCCAUGUCCGCUUGCCAGAGUAUAUGGAAACAAUUCGCAAGGUAGUUGCAAGUGUUAAAGAGAAUGAGGAUGCUUGUACAUGUUUCAUAAACUCCUUACCCUCUUAUGUUGACUUGACAAAUGGCCCGGACCAGAAAACCAAAUACUUAUGGUCCAAGGAUGAAGUGCAAACAGCUCGUGUCUUGUUUUACCUACGAGUCAUUCCAACUUUCAUUGAGUUUUUGCCCAGCCUUGUAUUCAGCAACGCGAUAGCUCCAACUAUGUUCUUAUAUAUGGAGCACCCGAAUGGAAAAGUAGCUGGAGCCUCUCAUUCUGUGUUCUCAGCAUUUAUGACUCUGGGGAAGGAAUCUGAAAUCAAAGAUAGAGUUUCAUUGAAGGAGCAGCUUGUUUUCCAUUACAUACAAAGAUCCUUAUUGGGAUAUCCUGGCACUACGCCUUUCGAGGGUAUGGCUUCUGGGGUUGUAGGAAUGGUCCAACAUCUUCCUGCUGGAAGCCCUGCCACUUUUUACUGCAUUCACAGUCUUGUUGAAAAAGCCAAUCAGCUCUGUUCUGAAGUCUCAACUCAUGAGGUUGAUGCAUGGAAGAAGUGGCAAGGAGAGCCAGAACCAAGCAAGAAGUUAUUGGACCUGCUUUUACGCCUAGUUUUCCUUGUUGACAUACAAGUCUUGCCCAACUUGAUGAAACUGUUGGCACAGCUGAUUACUAAGUUACCACAAGAUGCACAGAACAUAGUUUUAAAUGAGUUGUAUUCACAAGUGGCUGAUUCUGAUGAUGUCAUCCGCAAACCAACAUUGGUUUCAUGGCUGCAGUCAUUAUCUUAUGUUUGCACCAAUUCUUCAAAUCAAAAUGCAGCCUCACAUAUAAGUAAAAGUGAAGAUAAUCUGUCUUCACCCAGUAUUGCUGACCCAUUAAGCAGUGGAAGACUAACUGCACACCUCUAAGAGAUUCAGUUAUCUAUAGAAAUUAAGAAGGUAAUAUGCUAAUGAAGUAAAGGAACCAACAUUUGAUGAAGCUCAGGAUUACAUAUUUACAUUAACCGAACUCUGAAUGCCAUUGAGGCUGGAGAGUCUCAAAGUAGCUCCUGGCCAUCUGUGAGGAUGUCUAUCCCUUCCCAUCUCAUGGCCAUAAAGUGUCAUCCAAUGGCAACUUGUAGCUGUAUGGUACUUCUGUUUGAUGAUCAAAGGUUAUGGUGGCUGAUCUUUUCAAUAAAUAGAGCUCAUGUCAUCCUCCUUUUCAUCUAUCCAGGAAGAGCUUUUUUAAUAAACCGCUUUUGGGAUAUGGAUGCGGUAUAUAGCCUUUGUGUUGGAGCAUCUCUGCUGUGUAGUUUUGCUAGCGACAUACUCUUUUGAUAACGCUUUUUCAACACACUCUUUGUAAUUGGUCAAAAGAAGUCAGCACACUUGUGGGUUGAUUUUUUCAAAAAAAUUAUCUGUGACAGUGUGUGUUGAAAAAUGUAUUGAAAUCAUGCUGAUCUUCCAUAAAUACUGAAAUUCUUUUAUAGAUAUGCCAACUCUUCUAUAGA